AUAUGCUUUCAAAUUAAUUUUGUUGUUAUUGUUAAAGAAAUAUAAAUUAAAUAUUUGAAUAUGGCUGGAUUCUUUUUAAAAAAUAAGAAAGAUAGAAAGAGAAAAUCUACAGUCAAGUCUAAUGCAACAAAGUUGAAGAAAAGUACAAACAAAGAAAUCGAAAGUGACUCAGAUGAAUCAAUAGUGUCUAAAGAUGACAAUAUUCCAGAUAUAGCAGAAACUAAUACAGAAACUGCGCAAGAAAAACGGUUGCGUAUUGCAAAAGAAUAUAUUCAAAAGUUAGAGAUUGAAGAACAAGAAAAACAGCUUGAUCAAGAAAUUGAUAAAGAUGCAAUUGCUCAUCGUUUACAACAAGAUGUCUUGGAAGAUGUUGGUCACUUGCAAAAGUUUUUAGCUGACAAGCUGAAGCCUGAUAUAGAAAAUAUAAAAAAACUAUGUGGUCAUAAGUUAUCUAUUACAUCUGUGGUAAUAUCAAAUGACAAUAAAUAUUUAUUUUCAGCAUCAAAAGAUGGAACUAUAAUUAAAUGGAAUGUUGUUACAUAUAAAAAAGUUGCUAAAAUAUCUGGCUCUUCAAAGCAAUCAGAUAAAAAAUGUCAUUCUGGUCAAGUUUUGUGUUUAGCUCUUACAACAGAUUUUACUUUUUUGGCGAGUGGGGGACAUGAUAUGGUGAUUCAUAUAUGGAAUCCAGAAACACUAGAUUGGAUUCAUACAUUUAAAGGGCAUAGAAAACAAAUAUCUGCUUUAGCUUUUCGUCACAAACAACAUCAGCUAUUUAGUGCUUCUGAUGAUAAAACGAUUAAAGUUUGGAGUCUUGAUGAAAUGGCUUAUGUUGAGACAUUAUUUGGUCAUGAAGACACUGUCUUAGGAAUAGAUAGCUUAUUUCGUGAUUGCGCAGUAAGCUGUGGGGGAAGAGACCGCUCUAUUCGUUUGUGGAAAAUUCCAGAAGAAUCACAACUUGUAUUUCAAUCAAAUAUGCCUGCUUCUUUUGAUUGUGUUACUAUGCUAAAUGAAGAGUAUUUUUUGGCUGGAUCAGAUGAUGGGUCACUGUCUAUCUUUUAUACUCGUAAGAAGAAGCCAAUUACUCUACGCACCAACUCACAUAAAAUAACAGAACUUUCGGGUUCUGUGUCCAAAGAUUCAUGGAUUACGUCAGUGGCCUGCGUUCCAUUUUCAGACAUAGUAGCUUCAGGUUCAUGUGACGGAUGCAUUAAGUUAUGGAGAUGUGAUAAAUCUUUUAGAUCUUUAAUGCUAGUUCAUUCUAUUAAAAUGCCGGGUUUCAUCAAUUCUCUCAAGUUCUCAAGCGACUUCAAAUAUUUAAUAGCGGGUGUUGGUCAAGAACAUAGAUUAGGGCGUUGGCGGAAAAUCAAUGAAGCAAAGAAUUUAGUUUGUGUAAUCCCACUAAUUAUGCAUAAUGAAAGUGAAGCAUUAACUGUUAAUGAUUUAAAUGAGACUUAGUUAUAUCCUAUAGAAUAACAAAUAAAUAAAUGUUAUUGUGAAUAAAAA